AGCGCACGAGACGUUAUUCUUCAUCAACUUACCUACCUUGUUUCAACAGGUAGUUUAACCCUCCUAGCCAUGAAGAAAGCAACUUUGCUGCCCUUUACGGUGCUCGUUGCCUUAGUACUUUCACUUGAUUUUUCUGAAAGCGCUGGGGAUUUUUUUUCGAUCUUAGACCAAGAAACGGCAGAGUAUCUAACCAAAGAUAGCACAGUUAAACUUCAUCGAAGCAGUUCUGGUGCAGUUCCAGCGCUUAGGAAUAACAAAUAUUUGGAAGCAUCGAUGCAGAUCAUCAGGGGUAUGGCCGAGGCAAAGGUGACGACAAGAGGAAGAAGUAUGGAUUUGGAUUCUACCAUCAAGAAAGCUGUCAAGAACAAAGAGAUCCCAAAGGCACGACAGAUGAUAGGUCACCUGUUUGAGUGCCACUGUCCACCGGAGCAAGGAAAAUGCCGGAAAGAAGACCUGCCGCGCCACUGUAGAAAGAAGAACAAAUCGCAUGAAAAUGUUUUCAAAAAGCUUCGUAAAGUUUUAAGCAAAACAGAAUUUGACAUUCUGCUGGGAAUCACUGGCGAUGUAUCACUUGUUUUCGUCAUUGAUACAACAGGAAGUAUGGGUGACGAGAUUGAAGCCGCAAAGACAAUCGUUAAGGCUAUUGCAGCUCAUCCGAGGGAUUCUUCGGUAGAUUUUAUCCUGUCGCCAUUCAGUGAUCCAACCUGGGGAAACACACAGAGAUUUCCUGAUGAACAGUCGUUCGUGCAAGCCCUGGACCAGCUGACGGCUAAGGGAGGUGUGGAUUGCCCUGAGUUGACUUUCAACGGGGUCAUCGACGCCAUAGAGAAUGGAGACCCCUAUGUCGGCUCGCCCAUGUUCGUAUUCACCGAUGCUGGCGCCAAAGACGGUGAGAGGCCUAAGUACACCCAGGAAAACUCUAUUGGCCUCGCCCUGCAGUACAUGAUACCUGUGAACUUCUUCUAUAGUACCGAAUCUGGGCGUUGUGGUUCCUUUCGCAACCACGACAGCCUCAUUGAUCUCAUGGACAGUACUGGAGGCUUUGGACUGCAGUUCAAUUCCUCCGGACAGAUAUCGAAGAUGGGUGGUGUUGUAUCUGCAGCUUUGGACGGUACAACAACUAUCGACGAGGGCCGAUCAAGCUUGGGAGAAGUACGAUCUUUACGUUCCUCUCCGCGUCGCAACUCCAAUAUAGAGAAGAGAUACACAAUUCCAGUUGACAACACUGUAGAAUCGUUAAUUGUUACAUACUUCGCCUCAGCUAGAGCCAAUCUGGUCGAGCUCCGCUCUCCUAAAGGGGUUGCUCAACCUCGAACGGAAAACCUUUCCCAGGGAGGGUUGUGGAUGAUCGAGAGCCCCACCUUAGGGAUGUGGGAGCUGUUUGUGCCAACUGCGGUCGGGACGCAUUCUUUCAAGGUCAAAGCAACCAGCAGGCUGAACUUGGAAUUUGAUUUCUUCUUCCUUCUAAGAAAGAGGCUUGGAAGGCGGUGGUACGAGUAUCCAAUAGAUUACCCAUUAUUAAAUCAAAGGUCAACUCUAAGCCUGGUAAUUCCACUACAAAAACGCUUAAAACGUUCAUCCCUCCAACUGUCCCUCGUCGAUGGAUCAGGACGCGUCAUUCAGAACGCCAACCUAGCCAAACCUAGUCUGGUAGGUACAUUUGUUCCCCCUGCAGUGCCCUUCAAACUCAAGCUGUCUGGGACAACAAAGGCCGGUCGGCCUUUCCAAAGGAUCUCUCGUAAAUUCAUAAACGCAAAAAACGUUUUGCUUCAGCUGCAAAACACACAGCAGUAUGAUACUUUAGAGUGUGGCAAAACCUUACGACUCUAUUUUGUGAUCGACUACACUGGCGCUGCAGGCGAGGUAUUUGAUGUCAUGGUAAACUCGACCCUGAAAGAUUCCAACACGUCGGCAAAAGCAAUUGAAGUUAAGUACAGAAAGACGGUGCAGAAUGUUUGGACUGGUAAUAGAGUUUUCCUGACUGUACAUCUGAAGACACCUCCGGAUGUCGAGGAACAUAUUGGUAAGUGGGAUACUAUUCAAGUCACUGUAAAGAAGAAUCCGGUCACCAGUGAAGCUGACGUUGUAUACUUCACCGAGCACUUCAAGAUAACAUGCUCCGAAGAAUUUGAAAAACUUUAGACAUUUUUGUGUAGAGUAAUUUUCGUUAGCGUCGAAAGCAUUAGAGCAAUUUUCAAUUGUGUGUCAAAUGUAAUCCGAGACUGAUUUGAUUUUGCUCGUGCCAAUUUUUCAGCCAAUCAGAUUCAAAAAUGAAAUCAAUCGUGAUUUGGUCACUCGCGUUUUCCCGCGCUUUAGACAGUUUGCUUGUUUUUACCUCGAGUUCUCAUUGGCUUCUCGUGAUAUUUUCCUUUCUAUGAUUGGCUAUUGUGAUUGCUUUGUUCUUUUAUUUUACAAACUCAAUCGAAAGGCGCCCCAUGGCACAGGGUGUUUUGAUUUUACUUCACGACGUUUUGUUUUGGCUCACUGCUCUUGUCAUCUUCUAAAACAGCCAAAGACAAACCUAAAAACCAAUCACAACUUGGCCAAUUGCGUUUUCUAGCCCCUAGGACAGUUUAACCGUAUUUACAUGCUUCUGUUUCAUGUCAAUGAUCCCUUUUUAAGGCUGUAGUGAUUGAUUUUGUUUUGGUUUCACGAUGCUUCUAUCAAAAUACGCUAAACUCAGGGUCUGAAUUCGUAUAAGUAGUUGCUACUGAAGUCGCCACGAGUUAGGGAGUUGGUAGAAUAAUAGGCGCAGCUUAGAGGAAAUGAAGGCAUUUUUCUCGUGAAAGAUUUUGCAAUAUUCUCUCACUUGUUAGGAAAUUACAGGGACAUUUAUAAGCUCUGUUAACGAAUUAUAUUUUUCCGUUUUUCAACCUGUAUACCGAAAUCUUGGAGAAAGGAACACUUGCAUGAUGAAGAGAUUUCAUGAAAUAUAUUUCGUUUUUUAGUGUGGCAAAUAAACGAAAGUUUUAUGAACAA